UAGUGGUGGUUAAGUCAACAUUAGACGUCACACAUAUACUGAUAACAGACCCCGAUACAAACAAGAUGGCGUUGUGUAACAUGGCCUCGCAUUACAUUUUCCUCGUUGUUCUGGUUUCCUCUUCUGUCCAUGGAAUGGACUGGUCACAGUUGUUUACCAAUUGGAUGCCAUUUAGACCCCAUACCUGUCCCGCCAUGGAUUUGGGCUCGAAUGAACAGUAUACGCUGGUCCAGACUAAUGGCACCAAGUGUAGUUCCUCUCUACAGAACAGGUGCUCCCUUUAUCGACAUAACGUCAAGCACAAGAGGAGUCGAUUCUUCAUGUCUACAACUUACAAGGGACCCUGCUCCUCUGUCAAUGCCACAACAUGUACCAACUUCGAAUGUAAACGGUCGUGUGUAGCUGGAUACCAUCGGACUUCGGACGGCAAGUGUGUCAACACAGUAACACUUCAUUGCUUCAAUGGCGGAUCACCCAAUUAUAACUUGACGAAAUGUGUGUGUUCCGCCAACUUCACGGGCGAUCAGUGUGACAUCCCUAUCUGCAGUCCUGGCUGUCGGAACGGUGGAGUUUGUUCCCUACCUCCCGAUUCCAGGUGUUUCUGUCCAAACUACCUGACGGGGACCACGUGCGAAACACCCGUCUGUGGAUCUGGCUGCAGGAAUGGAGGAGAGUGUGUCUUCACAGGCACGACUUCCGAGUGUCUCUGUCGUUCGGGAUACAUAGGGUCCAAAUGUCAAUUUAAGACGACGGAAAGUCUACCUGUGCCUGUAUGUGAUGCAAGUGACAACAUUGACAAUGCCACCAGCUGCAUAUUCAAUGAACAAUGCGAUGAGGGAGCGCACUGCUGUAUUAUGUCUCCAGGGAAUAUUUUCGGGUAUUGCUCCAUGCCCUCGAACAAUGUCACAUGCAUUCACCAAGACGGAGCGGAAGUGGCCGUGAAUGAAAUAUAUAACAGUGUACGCAACUGUGAAGCCUGCGUCUGUAAAUCGCCAACAAACACUUCCGCCGAACAUGGCGAUAUCGAUUGCAUAUCAGCCGGAUGUUCUAGUGACUUCCUGUCUAACCCGUACUGCUGUCCUAAUACAACAGAUAACAAACCCUGCCCACCUCCCGUCAUCAGUGGUUGUCCUCGUAAAGGAGAGAUAAUUAAUGUGGAUACGUCACCAUACCAAAACAGUGCUCUUCUCAUUAACACGUUCGAAGCGCAUGACUGCCUGGGGAACUCUUUACCCGUCGAUUUGAACCAAGUCUUUUUCUCAGCUUGUGAGUGCGACAGCCUGAAUAUUCACUCUGUAAGAGCAACUUCCCAGCAGGACUUUAACGGUCGACAGGGAACGUGUGACUUCCGGGUUGUAGUCAGAGAUAUGGCAUCCCCAGUUUUCAUAACGUGUCCGGCUACAAUGUAUGUCCGUCAAGGGGAGACAGUCAGCUGGGCCAAACCGGAAGUGGUGGACAAUGUGGGAAUAAGGCAAAUAUAUCUCGACAACUCUCGAAUAAAAAAUAACAGCAUGGUCAUCAACCAGGGGAUACAUUUCCUCCAUUACACAGCCAUCGACUGGCAGGGCAACAAGGCCUACUGUCGCUUUCGGAUACACGUCUACAAAGCCGAUACAGACGAGUCUAAUUACCCUCCCCAGCUGAGAGAAAGGAAGAAACAUGUGUCGCCUGUAAUCAUUGCCGGUUCUGUCGUUGGUGUGCUAUGCUUCACCCUGAUUGCCCUCGUGAUAGCCAUGGUGAGAGUUUGUCGUAUUCGCAACAGACGUCUUAGGGGAGCUCAACAACGGCAGCGAGUGCAACAGACCUCUAACGAUAUAUACAGCAUUUACACCUCCGAUCCUCCACCGUACGAAGUUGCCGCCAAACAUAAACUGCCCGAAUACAGCGUCUCGGACAACCCUCCCAAGUAUGAUGACAUCUCCAAGGAAGCAUACAGCAACCCUUCCUACACCUCAACCGAGGACGUCGCUGGGUCAUCGGAGGGCAUGCGCAGUGAAAGGAGAGCUACGAGCAGCAAACGUGUCACGGUUGUGUGAACAUAAUAAUGAAAUUGUGUUCAUUGAGUGACUAUACAGAUAUUUGUUUUUAUUGUUUUAACCUUCGGUGUAUUAUUGCAUUGUUAGUUUGUUGGGAUUCAUCAUUGUUCUGACGAAUUGUCGUGUGUAGAUCCACGAUGGCCUGCUAAAACGUAAACCACGGACUUAAAUCACAUAUAUUAUUGUUACUGUCACUAAAUAUAUGUGAGAGCACGGUGUGCGAUAUCGACAAGCAGAGAAUAGUAUAGAAUUAUAUACCCUUUGAAAAAAGAAAAGCUUACUGCUUUAAUGUAUAUAUACUAAUCAAAGAAUUAUCUGUAAAUGUUUCAUACACAUGUAGACACCUUCGCGAUCAAAGUAGUAUUUAUUGUAUUGGCUAGAGGUGCCGACAGGGGUUCAUAUGGAUAUUGGUACUGUGGUUGAACGAAACAGAUAAUUGUUUGUAAAAUGAAUUAUAUACAUACUCAAAUUUGCCUUCGCACAUAAUCAACAAUGUAAUAUGAUUACAAAGGUUUCGAGAUAUGAUAUAGGAUAAUUGCUAAUGACAAUGAUCCUUUUUUAUCGAGAUAAAUACGUCAAUUGUUGUAAAUUAUAUUGUUGUCCAUGUUUGUUCAUUGUAAUGUUUCAUGUGUGUUUGAAUCAACUGAUUUCACAUAUUAAAUAUGUUCGUAUGAUUCGUUUAUUGUUCAGUAGUUAUAUGUGAAAUAUCAUAACAUGUACCGCUUUUACACAAUGACAAGUUUUACUGUCUUCCUCGUUGAGAAAAUCGACUUCAGUAUUGACGUGAGACAGAAUAACUUCCUGUUCUAUAUGUAAUGUCAGCCAGUGUUUGUUCAAAUGUUUUACAUUUCAGUAAGAAGGGUGUUAUGAUAUGUUUUUCCAAAAAUAACAACAGUUCCUUUAUAUAUUUGAUAAGAGAUGUUGAAUAUUAUUCUUUAUUAUAUGACGUUAUAUAAACAUAAGAAAUCGGUUUUAACAAAAACAUCAUUUCAGCUUCACCUUCUAUGAGAGUUAAUAUAAACUUUGUAAAAAAAACUCACAAAUUCACUUAACAUUAAAACUAAAGUAUUUUCGGCUAAACUUGGAUAAAAUAAUAACGUUAUUUUAAAGACUAUAAAAAGCAUCAUACAAAUACAUGUUACCAUACAGCUACAAAUAAAUCAGUUGUCAAACUUUUAAGAUACAAUCAGCUGUGUAUGUUGUACGUUUAUCUCACACAGCCGCUAUCUAUAACUAAAUCGAAAAAUGCUAGGGUAAAUCUUGUCACCCUAUUACGAUUUCUUAAAAUUUCAAA